AUGCUGAUUGCCGGUCCAGAGGGAAGGUUAGUUGUUAAGAAACAUCAGGCCGUGAAAGAUCUUAUCCCGUAUGGUGGAGCUGGUAAAGGCGUUCAAAGACUUGCUGAUUAUACUGUGCCUAGAGACGAUCAGACAAAUAAUUGGAUGGAAAAUGAUCCAACUAAUUAUCUAUCAAAAGAAUCCUUCAGUGAUUGA